AUGUUUAAGUAUAUAUAUGUUGUCACUCAUUUAGAAUCUCGGGAUAAUGUCUCACAAUUGCAAGCUUAUGGGUCACCAGAUGACAAUGGCGAUAUCUCGCAACCACAAAAUGACUUCAAUGAUCUUGAUAAGUCACCAAGGUUUACAAGUCCAGAUGGUGAUAUCCCAUUCCCGAAUCAGUUUACAAGUUCCGAUGGUGAUAUCUCGAAACCACAAAAUGAUUUCAACGAUUUUGAUAAGUCACCAAGGUUUACAAGUCCCGAUGGUGAUAUCCCAUUCCCGAAUCAGUUUACAAGUUCUAAUAGUGAUAUCUCGCAACCACAAAAUGACUUCAAAAAUCUUGAUAAGUCACCAAGGUUUACAAGUCCCGAUGGUGAUAUCCCAUUCCCAAAUCACUUUACAAGUCCCGAUGGUGAUAUCCCAUUCCCAAAUCACUUUACAAGUUCCGAUGGUGAUAUUUCUCAACACCCAAAUCAUUUGAAUAAUUUCGAUGCAUUAACAGAACCCAUAAGUACAAAUGGUCAUCGAUCUGAAUUACAGGAAUAUGAAUCUUCCUUGAUUAGUAGUUUAUAUGAGACUAAUGUUCCUCAAAAAUCACAGCUCCAACAACAAACUGAUCUUUUAGAUUUAAAUUUGGCCGAAAGUCCAAUUACAUCAGCUUUAGUAUUGUUGAAUUUACAAAGACAUCUUGACAAUUUGAUUACGAGCUUAGAAACAGAAACCUUACGGUUUGAUCACUUAUUACGUGAAUUGCGAGGGUGUCCAAGUUCGCAAUUAUCAAUGAUACAUUUAAAAGAAGGUUUGGAAGGUUUUAUUAGCCAACGUUUAGAGAAUCAAUUCGAAAGUGAGAAAUUAAUCAUUAUGAAAAUGUUUGUGAUGAAUAAUAAUGACAUGUUCAUUCACCUUAAUAUAUUUUAUUAUUAUCAAUAUUCAGCUCUUGACGGUUCACAAAUUAAUCAGUUUCCAA